CUAAACAGAAGUCUGAAGCUCAGAUUUCAUUAGCCUGGUAACACUUAAGCAACACCACGAGUUUUUCCCUCAGUUUAUUAUUAUUGCAGCCUCGCGCGCGAACGCCCGCCCGCCCGAGGAAUUGGUGAAGAUCACCAAAGUGUCCAAAACUCGCGCAAAAAGACAUGAACGUUUUGUCAAUCCAAUGCGUUUUCUGGCUCGUGUCAAGCUUUACUAUACUUUCUGCUGCUUCACUUGAGGAAGGAACAUCGUCGGAGGCAAUAUUUGAUAAUUUCCUGGAGGAUUUACGAAAUGUCAACAGAGCAAAUGUGAAGUUUUCCCUGAGAAACCCAUCCCAACCAGACGAUGAUGUUUGUUAUAUUGUUCGUGGCAAACCAGAAACUAUCGGUAGCUGCCAAUUUAACAGCACUUCAAAAACCUUUUUGGUCAUUCAUGGGUGGACGGUAAUUGGAUUGUUCGAGAGCUGGGUUGAGAAACUGGUUGGCGCGCUGUACGAGAGGGAGAAAGACUCCAACGUCAUCGUCGUGGACUGGUUGGAUACAGCGCAGGACCAUUAUGUUGUGGCAGCACAAAAUACAAAGAUGGUGGGAAAAGAGAUCGGACUCUUCAUUGACUGGUUAGAGGAGAUGACAAAUAUUUCCUUGAAGAAGUUGCAUCUUAUCGGCUACAGUCUCGGUGCCCACGUCGCAGGUUUUGCUGGAAGUCAAACCACAAACAAAAUUGGAAGAAUCACAGGUUUAGACCCAGCUGGGCCGGACUUUGAAGGGGUUCACGCCCACAGUCGUCUGUCCCCGGAUGAUGCCCAUUUUGUGGACGUCCUCCACACUUUCACCCGUGGUUCCCUGGGACACAGUAUUGGUAUCCAGCAGCCAGUUGGCCACGUGGAUAUUUACCCGAAUGGAGGAAGUUUCCAGCCUGGAUGCAACUUAAGAGGAUCCCUUGAGAAGAUUGCCAGUUUUGGAAUACUCGCCAUAAACGAGGCCAUUAAAUGCGAGCACGAGCGGUCCGUCCACCUGUUUAUCGACUCCUUGCUGAAUGAGGAAGAUCCCAGCAGAGCUUACAGUUGUGGAAGCAAGGAGAUGUUCGACCGGGGCGUGUGCUUGCACUGUCGCAAAAACCGAUGUAGCACGGUGGGCUACGACGUCAGCAAAGCCCGCAAGGCGCGAAGCAUCAAAAUGUUCACCAAGACGCGAGCAUCCAUGCCUUUCAGAGUUUUUCACUAUCAGCUGAAGAUCAACUUUCAUGCAAAGACGAAUCAGUCUGAGAUGGAUCCUGCCCUGGUGGUUUCACUUUAUGGAACCGACGGCGAAGCAGAAGAUGUUCAAUUGAAUGUACAGGAGAAGAUUACCACCAAUAAGACGCAGUCCUUUCUUCUGGUAACCGAGAAGGACAUCGGUGAUCUCCUAAUGCUGAAGUUCAAAUGGGAAGAUAUCAAAAGCCAGUCUUCCUCCUUACUCAAUAAGCUGUCCACAUGGUGGUAUGGAGAUUCGGGAAGUUCAGGAGUACAGGUCCACAAAAUCCGGGUCAGAGCUGGAGAAACACAAAAGAAGAAUGUGUUUUGUUUAAAAGAUGCCCAAAAUGCAAGUGCAGCUCGGGAUGUAAUAUUUGUGAAAUGCAAGGAGGCAUGGCGAUCUUCAUCUAAAAGGCACAAAUUGAAGAACCAGUGAAAUGAAUUACAACAAGUGAUAUAUUGGGAAUCUCAAUUUAUAUAGAAAAGCACUUAAAUAAUAUUUAUACAGCUGUUAUUUAUUAAAAAUGCACUGACUGUAUAUGAAAUGUAUUGGUAUGAAUGUAAUUCAUAAUUCAAGCACUACCAUUGUUGUUGCAAACUGGCAUUGGCUUAAAAGCCUUUAAACAAUGUAUUUUAGUUGCAUUGGGUACAUAGUUGGUGUGGUACUGUUAUAUAAUCUAAUACUGAUGUUUUUGGCUGCAAACUGCUAUAUUUCAAGAUCUCCUUAAACUGUUUAUAAAAACACUUUCUUACAUGAAUAAUCGGUUCUUCCUUUGAUGUGAUUUAAUUUACAGUAGGGUACAGUAUGGUGGGAUAGCUACAAGCCCACAAUCCUGAGGAGUUCAAAUGGCUCCGGCACUUUUAUUGGUUAUUUUAUGAGCCGAAAUGUUAGAGACUGCUUUUAAAUCAAAGUUCGUUGAUUUACUUUUGACCAAAUCCCCUCUGGACAGGAAUUCUUCGCUGGGAGAUUACAGUAAUAAAAUCAUCAAUCAUGUCCAUGUGCAUAUUUUAGCAUGCUGUGCAGCCAGGAAGACCAAGACGGAUGGUUCCUUUCAAAGACUAUUAAAGUCCAAAUACAUUUCUACAUCAAAUACAUCAAUCUAAAGUCAAAAUAUGUACCCUGGCUGUCACUGGGGCACUAUCAUUAGGUACAGAUUUGGUACCAAUAUAAGUACUUAUAUGCAUCUGAGGUACCUAAAGGAACUAAUAUAAACUCUUCAGAUGCAAUGGUGACAGCUGGGUACAUAUUUUGCCAAUUUUUCUGAUAGUGUACUAAUAUAACAAUUCCUGUUAAUACAUUUGUGUUGUCAUCUACAUAUUUGGCCAACGCUUGUAUCCAAAGCGAUUUACAGUGCAUUACAAGUUAUACAUUUUAUCAGUAUGUGAGUUCUCUGGGUUUAACCCCAUGAACUUUUGCGCUGCUUCCAUAGUGUCCUACCAAUGAGCUUUACAGGAACACAGUCUUAUAUAAACAUUUACUGUAUGCUGAAUGUGUUUAAUAUUGGUACUAAAGUCACAAUGUCACUUUAAGUAGAUAUUGUAUCAACAUAUUGUCCUUUAUCCCAUUUAUGGCCUUAUAAGUGUACAUUUGGCUACACCUGUUAAUACUAAAAUAAUAACGUGAUACAACAAUGAAGACUGAAUCUGUGCAUAACUGUAUAUUUGUAAAGAUACAAUAAAAUUUAUCUUUAACUUUGAGCUAAAUGGAUGUCAU